GAAAGGCACUGAUGGGCAUCUCCUGCUUCUCCAGCGCUGGGAUCCAACUCUAAGAUGUAGGAUGCUCCCGGUGCUGAGAGCCAAGCGGCAGCCGCCACAGCCUCCUCCUCCUCCUCCUCCUCUGCUGUGGCCCUGCGGGAAUGCCGAGCCCCCUUGGCUCUGGAUGCUGCCCACCGGCGCAGGGCUCCUGCGGAUCGGAGGCAGCUCCGCCGGGGGGACAGUGGUGGCCCCUCCGCCCCCUCCGAUGCUCCUCUCCCCGUCGCCCCCUCGACCCCCACCUUUGCUCCAGGGGUUCUCCGCCUGGCAGCUCCCCGGAGACCCUUUCCUGGCUCCUUUCCUGGGACCCGAGCCCGCCUCUGCCUUGCCCCAGGGACCCUCCUUCUUCAACGGACAGUGGAUGUUUGGAGCUCAUUCUCCUGUGAUAGGAUUUUCACCUUCUUCAAAUGUGGAGCUUGUUCCCCUUUUUCCUCAUGUAUACACAACUACUGCUCCUCCCCAUUCUGCAAAAAGCUGGAUAGAAAAGAGACUACCAAAUUGUAAGAUCUAUUUAAACAAUGCAUUUGCUCUGGAUUCAACAUGGAUACAUCCUGAGGAACUACGAAUCUUCCAGGGACAUGAGAAGCCUCUUGUUAUGACCAAUCAGGUCUCUGUGGCUUUAUCUAGGCCAGCUACUGCCCCCAGGCCUCUUCCUGCAGUGGUGUUAACACCCCAGUCUAUUCCAGGUGGUUGCCUUAAGCAAGCUGGCAGCAACCAGACCAUUGCAUUUGCAGCAGCCAUGUUGUCAUUAGAUGCCGACACCCCUCAGGGACCAUCAACAAGUCUGCAGCCAUGCCAUGUGCUGACUUUGUCACCAAUCAAAAUACCAGUUUUGACGUCACCCUUCCAAGGUGCUGCUUCUAGAAGAGAGACUCGAAUGACUCCUCUGAUGCCAGCUCAAGUCACCAGGGUGGCGGCUAUCUCUUCACCAGCUGUGACAUUCAUGGCAACCAAUUUGGUGGAUCAGACAUUAACAGAUAAACGGAAAGAAUCUAACAGAACCCCCUGUCCACCAACUCUUAUUUUACAUACUGAAAUGAAAAAUAAACCAACAGAGAGUGAAGACAAGACGAAUCAUUCUUUAAACCUACUCCCAGAUGACGAUGGUGAUUCAAAUGGCAACAAACCUGUGGCAUCCACUCCAGUACCAGGAUCUCCAUGGUGUGUAGUCUGGACUGGAGAUGACCGAGUCUUCUUCUUCAACCCUACAAUGCAGUUGUCAGUGUGGGAGAAACCUGUGGAUCUAAAGCAUCGUGGUGAUAUUAACAGAAUCAUUGAAGACCCACCUCAUAAACGCAAGCUGGAAACUUCAGCAACAGAUAAAAGUGAUGUCUCAUCUCCAGAGGAUAUAAGUGAUGACAACAGUACCAAAACAAAAAGAAAUAAGCUAGAGGAUCCUCAGAAUGCUGAGUUAGACAAGGUCAAAGUGGAAGAAAAAAAUGUGAAAGCAUCAGAACAUCAGAUUAUGCUUCCAUUGGAAGAACGCAUUACACAUUUUCGUGAUAUGCUUCUAGAAAGAGGGGUCUCUGCAUUUUCCACAUGGGAAAAAGAAUUACACAAAAUAGUUUUUGAUCCACGUUAUCUUCUCCUGAACUCAGAAGAACGUAAGCAGAUAUUCGAGCAGUUUGUCAAAACACGGAUCAGAGAAGAAUACAAGGAAAAGAAAAACAAGCUACUACUCGCCAAAGAAGACUUCAGAAAGCUGCUGGAAGAAGCUAAAUUAUCACCAAGAACAACGUUUAAAGAGUUUGCAGAGAAAUAUGGUACAGAUCAACGAUUUCGACUUGUUCAGAAGAAGAAAGACCAAGAACAUUUUUUCAAUCAGUUCAUACUUAUCCUUAAAAAGAGAGACAAAGAGAAUAGGAUAAGACUACGUAAAAUGAGAUAAAAAGGAAAUCUGCCAUAUGAAGGGAAGUCAAAUACUGUGGCAUCUAGAGUGGAGGAAAGGAAUGGCAUGCAUUUUGUGUCAUCUUUUUGAGUUUCAAAUCCCUCACUUUCAAGAAAAUCCAGAUAACCCCAAGAGCCACUAGUGCAGAGGAAGAUUCUGUGAAAGUACAUCCAAGGCUGUACAGCAGGAAUCUGUUGGAUAUUUCAUUCUCAGAGACUUAAUGUUUCAUAUUGAAGCUCUCUUUUGUACAACAUUCGAGUUUGAUGCAUUUCUAAUUACCAUGAUAUGUCGAGCCCUUAAUUGUUUUAAUUAUGCAAAUUCCUUGUAAUAUACACAAAUUUGAAAUCCAGUGUGAUUUGUAAUUAAGCAGAAGCAGAUGUCAUACAUAACCUCAAGACUUUUUUUAAGGAAAAAAAAACUAUUUAAAGAAAAAAAAAUAUCAAAGGCUGUCCUCCCAUGCACAGUCACUCAGAAGUAAGACCCACUGAACUCAUGGAAAUUUACUUCUUAGUGAACAUGCUUAAGACUGGGCUGCACAGCAAUGUUUGGGCAGCUUUGUAUAUUUAUGGUUCAGAAUGUUCAGUGGUACUGAGGAUAUCAUUACUCAAUGUUCAUAGGUCUAAGUCUAGUUUCUGAGUAGUAGUAGUAAUAGGGUAUUAACUGUUAACCAUAGUGAAGAGUGUGAAAAUCUUGGCAUUGUUUCCUGUAGAACAAUGUAUAAAUCUUUUUAACAAAUGCUUUGUAAGUAAAUUAUUCUGAAUGAUGGUCCAAGCACACAGAAAAGAGCAGCACUUCUCUAUUAAAAGCUACUAUAAAGAAGUUAUUUUGUAAACCCAUCCUACUAAAUUUUGAGUUAUUUUUAUUGUAUGCGAAGAGUUUGCAUGAGAUUAGUCUCAUCUUUGUAUAAACAAAUAUUUUAACUUUUUUUUAAUUAAUAAAUAUUUUAAGACUA